GUUUCGUCGCGUAAAUAUGAAGUGGCUUCUCGUGUGCGCUUUGUGUCUGUUGACCGUUUCGCAGGUCAGAAGUUUUUAUGUAACCAGAGUCGUCAACGGGACCGAUGCGAAGCUCGGCGAAAUUCCAUUCCAGGUGUCGUUGAGGGACUUGAGUUCGGGUCAAUCGAGGCAUUUUUGUGGUGGAUCAGUUUUGAAUGAAAAUUAUGUGGUCACAGCAGCACAUUGCGUCUAUGGUAGACAAGACGAAGAAGAUUCAAAAAAGAUGAGAGUAGAGGUUGGAAGUAUUUAUUUGGAUAAACCUUACCAAACGCACAAAGUUCAGAAAGUUAUAGUUCAUAAAGGAUUUAAUCCCUCUAAAAGUCUGAAAAAUGACGUUGCACUAAUUAAGGUAACAGAGCCUUUCGUGUUCUCUGAUCGCGUGCAACCCGUGCCCUUACCUGAACUGCAUACGAAAAUUCUGGCCAACUCAAAAGCAACCGUAUCAGGAUGGGGAGGACGCGGAGGCGAAAUUCAAGGCCUUCCGAAUACACUACAAAAAGCCACUAUUCGCAUCGCCGACCAAGAGUACUGUAAAAAAGUAAUGAUACAAGAGAACGAGGAAAUAUUCCCGACCCAGAUCUGUGCCAACGAUCCUACCAUGAGGAAAGGACAGUGCAACGGUGACUCCGGCGGUCCACUCAUGGUCAGUGGAAAACUAACCGGUAUCGUGUCCUGGUCCGUCAAAGAUCCCUACUGCGCCAGCACCAUCUAUCCGGGAGUUUACACUCGCGUUCCCGAGUUCGUCGACUGGAUUUUGGAACACGCGAAAUAAGUUGGAUAU